UGUUUAUCCAUGUCUGCUGGUUAGUCGCUGGUAAACCCUGUGAGGAGACUGUAAACGUGUUCAUGUUUUAAAUAGUAAAUUAAACAUUGUUUAAAUCGGACCGCUGAGUAGGGGAAUAGUUUUUAAUGAGCUUUUCUCCUCGACGGAAGUGGUCAUCGACGCGUUUGAACUUUUUUGCAGCUACGCCACCGAGUUUUUCCGCGGCGAGUAAAACCUCUUAAAUAAUCUUUUUCACUAAAUAUUAAAAGAUGAACAAAGAGUCCAGACUCAAAGCAACAAUAAACCAGAAGCUCACAGAGACAGGGGAAAGAGAGAGGCUGAAAGAGUUGUUGAGAGCCAAGCUCACGGAGUGUGGAUGGAAGGACCAAAUGAAGGCGCACUGCAAAGAGGUCAUCAAAGAAAAGGGUUUGGAGCACGUCACGGUGGAGGACCUUGUUGUAGAGAUCACCCCUAAAGGGAGAGUUUUGGUGCCAGACAGCGUCAAGAAAGAACUUCUUCAAAGAAUCAGAGCCUUCUUGUCUCAGCAUGCCUCGUAAUUUGUCCAUUUCAUAAUUUGCCAACAAUUUUUUGACAA